CAUUAAUGUGUCUGCGAUGAAUCAUUCAACCCUGCGCUCCCUCUUGCGAAUUCCUUUCGCUCCCAGAACAUACCACGUCCAACCCUCCUCUCAAUUCCUCCGCUGCAAUCUCUCCUGCCACCGCCCGAGUACCUUUUCUCCGCAUCGCAACAGUAUACCUUCAUACCCCCGACGAACAAUGGCCACCGUCAACAGUCCGGCCAGUGCGCCGCUGGACCCUCGUCCGGUCUUCUUCUUUGACAUUGACAACUGCCUCUACUCCAAAGGGUGCAACAUCCACGAUGAGAUGCAGAAAUUGAUCAACCAAUUCUUCAUCAAGCACCUGUCCCUGAAUGCCGAUGACGCACACAUGCUCCACAUGAAGUACUACAAGGAAUACGGUCUCGCCAUUGAAGGCCUUACGCGCCACCACAAGAUCGAUCCCCUGGAAUUUAACCGCGAAGUGGACGAUGCGCUGCCGCUCGACGAUAUCCUCAAACCGGACCCCAAGCUGCGCCAGCUGCUCGAAGACAUUGACCGCAGCAAAGUGCGAAUGUGGCUUCUCACGAACGCCUACGUGACCCAUGCGAAACGGGUGGUGAAGUUGCUGCAGGUGGACGAUAUGUUUGAGGGCAUCACAUACUGUGACUAUGGCAAUUUGCCGCUGGUGUGCAAACCCAGCCAGGCCAUGUAUGAGAGGGCGGAGAAGGAGGCGGGAGCCUCUAGCACGUCAGAGUGCUAUUUUGUUGACGACUCUGGUCUGAAUUGUACUCAUGCUGCCGCCCGGGGUUGGGCCGUGGCUCAUCUCGUUGAGCCCGGGAUUCCCCUCCCCCACGUGCCGGCUUCGCAAUAUAUGAUUCGAAGCCUGGAGGAACUUAGGACCUGCUUCCCCAACUUGUUUAAGACCAAGCAGGAAGUAUAGAUUCAAUCACUUUAUGCGAUAGAUAGAUCCUAUAGAUGUGUACGGCCUCUUGUGUUUCAAGAUGUCACGAAGACUAUGAGCGACAUUAUCAUUCUGACUUUGACGGGUUCUUAUCUUGGGGACAGGCACAUACUCUAAAACCCGAGAAUGCACAUAUUGUGUAAUUGAUACUCACGAGAAUAUGAACACUUCAAUAGCG